GUUAUGAGAGAGAAAGACCACUCACCAAGAAAGAUGCUUCCUAGCCCAAAACAGGGCUGUGUUUACCCUGCCUUAGGAUUAAUACCCACAUCGUAUAUAUCACAUGUACCUUAUGAUCUGUCCGCCUCAACGACGGCAGCAACAGCCACCAGCAGCAUGACAACGACAACAGCGCGACACCAACAUCAGCAACAUCAACAGCAGCAACAUCAACAGCAACAACACCAUGGCAACAAGGCGAAGCGACGCAGCAGCUACGAUCAACCGCUGGACUUGCGACUGGCGCACAAGCGUCGCCAGCCGGGGAAGGGGGAGGAGAUACCGCUGCCGCUGCCGCUGGAGGAUGAGAAUAGCAAUCUCAUCAUGUUUGCGAAUGAGCUGGCAGCGCAGCGUAAGGAGAAGGAGCUGAACAAUAAUCAUAUUGCCGCCUCUCUGGCGGAUCUGGGCUUUGAUAUGAGCCGCAAGAUGUUGCGUGCAUUGCGAGAGGGCGUUGCCACGCCCCCAGCGCCACCAGCUGGCGUUGUGCCCGGCGUGCACUCGACGCUGCUGGAGGCGAUGACAAAAACACUGCCGCUGCAAUAUCGCAACGUGUUUGCUCCACCAACGCCACAGGCAACCGCACCACCGGAUUUUGCCUUUCGGCAUCCUCUGAAGAAAGCCGAACUCGCUUGGCCGCCCAACGAGCCACAGCAGCAGCAACAGCAGCAGCAGCAGCAGCAACAGUUGAAACUGGAGCUGCCGACGCCGACAACAAUUGUACCUACACUGGCAACCAGCACGCCAACGCCCACGCCACACCCACACCCACAGCUGCAGGAGUUCCAAUCCCGUCAGCAUUCCCGCAAGGCGAAGCAGCGGCAAACGCAGUCUCAGUCUCAAUCCCAAUCCCAAACGACAGUUGCCAGCGGCAACACGUUGCCGACGCAGCAGCAACGGAACAAGGAUCGCUACACCUGCAAGUUCUGUGGCAAGGUGUUUCCCCGUUCCGCCAAUCUGACGAGGCAUCUGCGAACGCACACGGGAGAGCAACCGUACAAGUGCAAGUACUGCGAACGUUCCUUCAGCAUCUCCUCGAACCUGCAGCGUCACGUGCGCAACAUCCACAACAAGGAGCGACCCUUCAAGUGCGAGAUCUGCGAACGCUGCUUUGGCCAGCAGACGAAUCUGGACAGGCAUCUCAAGAAGCAUGAGUCGGAUGCGGUAUCGUUGAGUGCUUUGAGUGGUGUUAGCGAACGGAUGCACUGCAUCCGAAGGUUCUGUGAGAAUCCCAGCGAAGAGUCCUACUUCGAGGAGAUACGCACAUUCAUGGGCAAGGUCACGCAGCAGCAGCAGCAGCAACAACAACAGCAGCAACAACAACAGCAGCAGCACCAGCAGCAACAACAGCAACAACAACAGCAACAGUCACUGCCAUUGGCAACAUCACGAAGCUCCGCCUCGUCCAGUUGCUCCGCCUCGCACACGCCCACAUCCUCGCAUACGCCCACGCAAUCGGAGUCGUCGGAAACGCUGGCGCAGGAGCUGCGUCGAUUGCAGGCGGAGCGUGCCAAGACGGGCGAAGACAGCAACGAUGAACUUUCAAUACAGUUGAAGCAGGAGGAGGCAGAUCAUGAAGAUGACGAGGAGAACGAGGAGGAGGAGAAGGAAUCUAAGGAAUCCAUACUACAUACCAUACCAUCACCAACAACAACAACAACACCAGAAACACCCACGCCUAAGCAGGAACCCUAAUGGAGACCUCAAAGCGUCAUCUCUCCAAUCCUGACCCUGAAGCAAACAUUUCCUAUAUUCGUGUGGUAAAACCGAAACGAGACCAGUAGCAACAACACAAACUAUUUGCAGACCUUAUAUUAUUACUUUUG